UGUUUGCUGGUUUAGAACAUUACCAUUAACCGUUACUGACGCAACUAGCAAAGGAUGGAUGUACCACCUCUCCUUGAUCUGCUGCAGCAAUGGUUAAGAGAAGCAGCAAUAAAAAGGUAUUGGAAUUUACAAUUACUAUCACUCUCAUUUCUAGUACUUGCCAUAUCUGUUUUACUUCAUAGAGUUUGGUCAUUAUCAAAAAGAUCCAAAACUUAUAAACUGCCACCUUCUCCCCCAAGGAUUCCGAUACUCGGUAACCUUCAUCAAUUAGACGCAUUAGCUCAUAGAUCAUUCCGAGAUCUUUCUCAAAAGUACGGCCCAUUGAUGUUGUUACACUUGGGUCAAUCGCCAAAUCUCGUAGUCUCAUCCGUAGAAAUGGCUACAGAAAUAAUGAAAAAUCAAGAUCUUGUUUUUGCAAACAGGCCUUCUACUACUGCUGCAAUUGCGUUACUUUAUGGAUGUACUGACAUUAGUUUUGCACCUUACGGUGAGUAUUGGAGGCAAGUGAGGAAGAUUUGCGUUCUAGAGCUAUUGAGUGCAAAGAGGGUUCAAUCAUUCAAGAAUUUGAGAGAAGAAGAAGUCAAAUCUGUAAUCCAGAUCAUAUCGAGUUCAUGUUUAACAAGGGACGGAGUGGUAAUUAAUCUUAGCAAAUUACUCCUAACUCUAGCAAACAACAUAAUUUCUAGGUGUACUCUUGGUGCAAAGUACGAAAGUGCUCAUGAAAACAAAUUUGGUCAACUGUCAAGAGAGGUUUUUAGGUUGCUCGGGGCUUUUAGUUUUCAUGAUUACUUUCCAUCGGUUGGUUGGAUGGAUGUUGUUACGGGACUAUCUAGUAGGCUUAAGAAGGUGUCCCAAGAACUCGAUGCUUUCUUUGACCGAGUCAUCGAGGAGCAUCUCGUACGCCAUUCCAAAGCACAAGAUGGUCAUGGCCAAGUAGAAGAUACUAGCAAACUCGACUUGAUGGAUAUUCUACUUCUUUCUCAGAAGGACAAUACAAAUGUCUCUAGGAAUAAUAUCAAAGCAAUAAUCCUGAAUAUGUUUCUGGGGGGAACUGAUACAACCACAACAAUCAUGGAAUGGACAAUGGCGGAGCUCAUAAAGAACCCGAAAGUGAUGAAGAUAGCUCAAGAUGAAGUGAGAAGAGUAGUGGGUAACAAAUGUAAGAUAGAAGAGGAGGACAUUAAUCAAAUGGACUAUCUAAAAUGUAUUGUUAAAGAGAUUUUACGACUGCAUACGCCUAUACCUUUACUUCUAAGAGAAUCAUCUAAGAGUACCCAGAUAACAGGUUACGAUAUCCCUCCCAACACAAAAGUUUUCAUCAACGUGUGGGCAAUUCAAAGAGAUGCUAAAUUUUGGGGCAACCCAGAAGAGUUUCGCCCUGAGAGAUUUAUCAACAACCACAUCGAUUUUAAGGGCCAAGAAUUUGAGUUCAUUCCAUUUGGGUCAGGAAGACGAGGGUGUCCAGGAAUUACAUUUGGCAUCACAGUUGUUGAGUAUACUCUUGCCAAUCUCUUGUACCACUUCAACUGGGAACUUCCUGCUGGUGACAAAAGAGAGGACCUUGACAUGACUGAAGUUUUGGGUAUUACCCUUAACAAGAAAAUCCCUCUUAACGUUGUUCCAACAAUAUACGCAUCACCUCAGCUUGAGAAUGGGGCAAACUAGUUAAACUCACGCAUUAAAACAGUCUGUUUUCUGGGUGACCAUAUAUGAAAACCUUUGUUUUAAAUGUAAUGUACAAUCACCUGUUGUUUGUAGAAGUAGUGAAAUCCAUUCGUGUUUUGUGUGUUAUAAACUGAA